AUUAGCCAAGCUGCAGCGCAGUAGUCAGUACUGCACCGGUGCACCCAACCAAAAACCCUAAGCAUUUCACUGCAAAGGGAAAUCACUCGUCAACUGAAACACACCGUGUGAACUGUGAACCUGUGUUCUGUAUACUGAACAAAACUGUACUUGCUUCAAACUCAUCCGAUUCUGAAUUUCGCAGUGUUCAACAAUGGCGGAAUCGCUGCAAUCUCUUGUGUCACUAUCCGAAUUGGUUUCAACUUCCUCAACUAACCAGCGCCUUCGGAUAUUCCGUCGCGAAAUCCCCGCCUUCUUGAGUAGUUCUACUCCAGAUAUGCCAGCAGAGGUUGCGUCAUUGUUGACGGAUGUAGUAUUCAGAACGGUUUCAAUCUACGAUGAUCUCAGAUCGAGGAAAGCCGUUGAUGAAGUCAUUGUGAAGGCUUUGAGUGAAACGGUUUUCAUGAAGACUUUUGCGGCGGCGCUUGUUCAGAGCAUGGAGAAGCAGCUCAAGGCCCAAUCGCAUGUCGGAAGCUACAGGCUUCUCAGCUGGUCGUGCUUACUAUUGAGCAAGAGCCAGUUCGCUUCUGUUUCCAAGAAUGCUUUGUGUAGAGUGGCCGCGGCGCAAGCGUCUUUGCUUAGUAUUGUUUCUCCAAGAUCCUUUCGCGAGCGCAGGGCUUGCAGGAAGAAGUUUUUCCAUUUGUUUUCCAAGUCACCAGGUAUUUAUAAAGUCUACAUUGAGGAAAUCAAGAAUGGGCGAAUACCAUACAAGGAUAGUCCUGAAUUAUUAUUGUUGUUAUUGGAGUUCUCAAGUCGUACUCCUACUUUAUUUGGAGAACUUAAGCUGGCUUUUCUUGAUAUAUAUGUCAAUGCAAUACUGACCGCCAAAGAUAAGCCCAGUAGGAGUCUCAUAGAAGCAUUUCAUCCUCUUUAUUUGCAAAUGUCACAUCAAGAUUUUCAGAGUACUGUGAUACCCUCUGCUGUGAAAAUGCUAAAACGAAACCCAGAGAUUGUCUUGGAGUCUAUUGGAAUUCUUUUGGAGUCUGUUAGCCUUGAUUUGAGCAAGUAUGCCGAUGAAAUUCUUUCAGUAGUACUAGCACAGGCUCGACAUGCUGAUGAAGGGAGAAGGGGUGGUGCAUUAACCAUAGUCAGGAGUCUGAGCCAAAAAACUAGCAACCCAGAUGCAUUAGAGACCAUGUUCAAUGCUGUAAAAGCCAUUAUUAAAGGUUCAGAAGGAAGGCUGGCUCUGCCAUACCAGAGAGUAGGGAUGGUAAAUGCAAUACAGGAAUUAUCUAAUGCUCCAGAUGGGAAAUAUCUCAUCAAUUUGGCGCGCAUGAUAUGUGAUUUUCUUUUAUCAUACUACAAGGAGGAUGGAAAUGAAGAGGUUAAAAUUGUGAUUUUGUCAGCUAUAGCUUCUUGGGCAGUUAGAUCUACUGAUAUCAUUGAAGAUAAUUUAAUUUCCUUUUUGGUUUCUGGAUUCAAAGAGAAGGAAACUUUAAGAAGGGGUUUCCUACGCAGUCUACAUGCAAUAUCCAAAAACGCAGAUGCUGUCUUAAAGAUGUCACCUUUGCUUGGUCCUCUUGUCCAACUUGUGAAAACUGGAUUUACCAAGGCAGUGCAACGUUUAGAUGGCAUAUAUGCAUUGUUAUUAGUUGGGAAGAUAGCUGCUGUUGAUAUUAAAGCUGAGGAAACGUUGGCAAAGGAAAAGAUAUGGUCUUUGGUGUCACAAAGUGAACCUUCAGUUAUGCCAAUUUCGAUGGCAUCAAAGCUUUCAAUCGAAGAUAGCAUGGCAUGUGUUGAUCUUCUUGAAGUGCUUCUCCUUGAGCAUUUACAGCGAACUUCAUCCAACUUCUCAGUGAGAUUGCUGUUGCAGCUGAUGAUAUUUUUUAUGUGCCAUCCAAGUUGGGAUAUUCGAAGAAUGACAUAUAAUGUUGCAAAGAGGAUUAUUACUUCUGCUCCGCAUUUAUCUGAAGAUAUUUUCUUUGAAUUUUCAAAAUACCUCUCUUUGGUUGGAGAGAAGCUUAUGGCUUCAAAAAUGAGUGACAUUGAUGUUUCCUUGGACCCUCAAAUUCCAUGCAUUCCAUCUGUUGAGAUUUUGGUAAAGGCUUUGCUGACUAUGUCACCAGCAGCUCUAAAACACUCUCCAGAUUCAUUUGUCAAAAUAAUAUUUUGCUCGCAUCACCCGUGUGUGGUUGGUAGUGCAAAAAGAGAUGCAGUGUGGAAGAGGCUCUUUAGGUGUUUGCAAUCACACGAUUUUGAUGUUAUUGGUGUCCUUUCUGCUAACGCAGUGAAUCUCAUACAGGUCUUACUGGGACCCAUGGGUUUGAAGAGUGUUAAUCCACUUGAACAAGAAGCAGCAAUAUCAUCUCUGUGCACUUUGAUGUCCAUAGUUCCUGCAGAUGCAUAUACUGAGUUUGAAAAUCAUUUGCUAAAUCUUCCUGAACGUUUUUCACAUGAUACACUUUCUGAGAAUGACAUUCAGAUUUUUCGUACUCCUGAAGGAAUGCUUUCCACUGAGCAAGGAGUUUAUGUUGCUGAAUCUGUUGCUAGUAAGAACACAAGACAAGCAAAGGGUCGCUUCCGUAUGUAUGAUGAUGAAGAUGGCCUGGAUAAUUCCCGUUCGAAUCAUUUGCCAAAGAGAGAUCCACCUAGCCGAGAUAUAGCUUCCGAGUCUAAAGCUUUUGCUGAUUUGUUUUGUUAUUUAGACAAAGGGAAGACUGCAAAGGAGGAGGCAAGAGAAUUACAGCUUAAGGAGGAGGCUUCGAUACGUGAUAGAGUCCAUGAAAUACAAGACCAUCUGUCAUUGAUGCUCAGAGCUCUUGGAGAUAUGGCGAUUGCUAAUACAGUUUUUGCCCAUAGUAGACUGCCUUCAAUGGUCAAGUUUGUUGAACCUUUAUUACGGUCACCUAUUGUAAGUGAUGAAGCCUUUGAAACCAUGGUGAAAUUAUCAAGAUGCACUGCUCCUCCUCUAUGUGAUUGGGCACUUGAUAUUUCUACUGCAUUGCGUCUUAUUGUGAUUGAUGAAGUUCAUGUUCUGUUGGAUCGGGUUCCAUCUGAUGCUGAAGAGGAAGUGCAUGAGAGGCCGUCCCUUGGCCUUUUUGAUCGAAUCUUAGAUGGCCUAUCCACAUCUUGUAAAUCAGGAGCACUUCCUGUUGAUUCUUUUUCAUUUGUGUUCCCUAUAAUGGAGAGAAUUCUGCUAUGCUCAAAGAAAACAAAAUUUCAUGAUGACGUACUUCGGAUACUUUAUUUGCACCUGGAUCCCCAUCUACCUCUUCCUAGGAUUCGAAUGUUAUCGGUACUUUAUCAUGUCCUUGGUGUUGUUCCGGCCUAUCAAGCAUCAAUAGCUCCUGCACUAAAUGAAUUGAGUCUUGGUUUGCAACCUGAUGAUGUUGCCUCUGCCCUUUAUGGAGUUUAUGCGAAAGAUGUUCAUGUUAGAAUGGCAUGUUUAAAUGCGGUAAAAUGUAUCCCCGCCGUUGCCAAUCGUUCCCUCCCUGAGAGCGUUGAGGUUGCAACAAGUAUAUGGAUAGCAUUACAUGACUCGGAGAAGUCAGUUGCUGAAGUGGCAGAGGAAAUAUGGGAUCAUUAUGGGUUUGACUUUGGAACUGACUUUUCCAGACUUUUCAAAGCACUUUCUCAUGUUAACUACAAUGUGCGCUUGGCAGCUGCUGAGGCAUUAGCUGCUGCUCUGGAUGAGUACCCAGAUUCUAUACAAGAGUCCCUUUCCACUUUAUUUUCAUUGUACAUUUCUGACAUGGGUGUUGGACAUGACAACAUUGAUGCUGGUUGGCUGGGUAGGCAAGGUGUAGCAUUGGCGUUACAUUCUGCAGCUGAUGUUUUGAGAACCAAAGACUUGCCUGUUGUUAUGACAUUUCUAAUAUCGAGAGCACUGGCUGAUCCAAAUGCUGAUGUCAGAGGUAGAAUGAUUAAUGCUGGCAUCUUGAUUAUUGAUAAACAUGGGAAAGAUAACGUAUCAUUGUUAUUCCCCAUCUUUGAGAACUACUUAAACAAAACUGCACCAGAUGAAGAAAAAUAUGACUUAGUUAGGGAGGGUGUGGUUAUUUUUACUGGAGCAUUAGCAAAACACUUGGCAAAGGAUGAUCCGAAGGUUCAUGCUGUUGUGGAAAAACUGUUGGAUGUUCUGAACACUCCAUCCGAAGCUGUUCAACGGGCUGUUUCCUCUUGUUUGUCUCCACUGAUGAAAUCAAAACAAGAUGAUGCUGCUGCUCUUAUUACUCGGCUGCUGGAUCAGAUGAUGAAAAGUGAUAAAUAUGGAGAACGCCGUGGGGCUGCUUUUGGGCUUGCAGGAGUUGUCAAGGGAUUUGGCCUUCCUUGCUUGAAAACUUAUAGGGUUGUCAUUAAGCUUCAAGAGGGUCUGACUGAAAGGAACUCUGCAAAAUCUCGUGAAGGAGCUUUACUCGGAUUUGAAUGCCUUUGUGAAACACUUGGAAGACUAUUUGAACCGUAUGUGAUUCAGAUGUUACCAUUGCUCUUGGUUUCAUUCUCUGAUCAAGUUGUUGCAGUUCGUGACGCAGCUGAAUGCGCUGCUCGUGCAAUGAUGUCACAGCUUAGUGCCCAAGGAGUGAAGCUUGUCCUUCCGUCUCUUUUGAAGGGUCUUGAAGAUAAAGCUUGGAGGACAAAACAAAGUAGUGUGCAACUUCUGGGUGCUAUGGCUUAUUGUGCUCCUCGACAGUUGUCUCAGUGCCUCCCUAAGAUUGUGCCCAAAUUGACUGAGGUUUUAACUGAUACCCAUCCUAAAGUCCAGUCAGCUGGGCAAAUGGCCCUUCAACAGGUUGGGAGCGUGAUAAAGAAUCCUGAAAUAUCUGCUCUGGUCCCUACUUUACUCAAGGGACUCAGUGAUCCUAAUGAGCAUACAAAAUAUUCCCUUGAUAUUCUUCUUCAAACGACCUUCGUCAAUUCCAUUGAUGCCCCCUCACUUGCAUUAUUGGUGCCAAUAGUACAUAGAGGACUUCGGGAAAGGAGUGCUGACACUAAGAAGAGGGCAGCACAAAUAGUUGGAAACAUGUGUUCCUUGGUUACAGAACCAAAGGAUAUGAUUCCAUAUAUAGGAUUGUUGCUUCCUGAAGUAAAGAAGGUUCUUGUGGAUCCUAUCCCUGAAGUUCGAUCAGUUGCUGCAAGAGCCAUUGGAUCCCUUAUAGGAGGAAUGGGCGAAGAAAAUUUCCCUGAUCUUGUCCCAUGGUUGUUUGAAACACUAAAAUCUGAUAACAGUAAUGUUGAGCGAUCUGGAGCAGCUCAAGGGUUGAGUGAGGUCUUAGCUGCACUUGGCAUCCAGUACUUUGAGCAUGUACUUCCUGAUAUUAUUCGAAAUUGCUCCCACCAAAAAGCAUCAGUACGAGAUGGAUAUUUGACAUUGUUCAAGUACUUGCCACGGUCAUUAGGAGUCCAGUUCCAGAAUUAUCUUCCACAGGUGCUGCCUGCUAUCCUAGACGGUCUUGCUGAUGAGAAUGAAUCUGUACGUGAUGCUGCACUAGGCGCUGGCCAUGUCCUUGUUGAGCAUUAUGCUGCAUCAUCUCUACCUCUUCUCCUUCCAGCAGUAGAGGAUGGAAUUUUUAAUGAUAAUUGGCGGAUUCGACAGAGCUCAGUUGAGCUGCUGGGUGAUCUAUUAUUCAAGGUUGCUGGAACAUCUGGUAAAGCUCUGCUUGAGGGGGGCAGUGAUGAUGAAGGUUCUAGUACUGAGGCUCAUGGACGUGCUAUUAUUGAGGUUCUGGGGCUUGAUAAGCGUAACGAAGUACUUGCUGCAUUAUAUAUGGUUCGAGCUGAUGUUAGUCUGUCAGUACGUCAGGCUGCUUUGCACGUGUGGAAGACUAUUGUAGCAAAUACUCCUAAGACUCUUAGGGAAAUUAUGCCUAUUCUGAUGGAUACUUUAAUUUCAUCCCUUGCAUCGUCAUCCUCUGAAAGACGGCAGGUUGCCGGACGAUCAUUGGGUGAGCUAGUCAGGAAACUUGGUGAACGUGUGCUCCCCUUGAUAAUCCCAAUCUUAUCCCAGGGCCUGAGUGACCCUGACAGCAGCAGAAGACAGGGUGUAUGUGUUGGUCUGAGUGAAGUUAUGGCAAGCGCGGGCAAGAGUCAGUUGUUGAGUUUCAUGAAUGAUCUCAUUCCCACUAUUCGGAAUGCGCUUUGUGAUAGUGUGCCUGAGGUUCGUGAAUCAGCUGGCUUGGCAUUCAGCACUCUCUAUAAGAGUGCUGGAAUGCAAGCUAUUGAUGAAAUUGUUCCCACUCUUCUACAUGCACUGGAGGACGAUGAAACUUCCGAUACUGCACUUGAUGGCCUUAAACAAAUUCUAAGUGUCAGAACAAGUGCAGUAUUGCCACACAUCUUGCCUAAACUGGUUCAUCUUCCAUUGUCUGCCUUCCAUGCACAUGCAUUAGGGGCUUUAGCAGAGGUUGCUGGUUCUGGCCUUAACUUUCAUCUUGGUACUGUGCUUCCUCCUUUGUUAUCAGCAAUGGGUGAUGAAGACAAGGAGGUUCAAGCUUCAGCUAAGGAGGCAGCUGAAACAGUGGUUCUGGUCAUUGAUGAGGAAGGUGUGGAGUCACUCAUAUCAGAGCUUGUGAAAGGUGUUAAUGACAGUCAGGCUGCUGUCAGAAGAUCAUCUGCAUAUCUUAUAGGAUAUUUAUUCAAAAACAGCAAGUUAUAUCUGGAUGAUGAAGCUCCAAACAUGAUAUCUACCCUAAUCAUUUUACUGAGCGAUCCUGAUUCAUCUACAGUUACUGUUGCUUGGGAAGCUUUGUCACGGGUUAUUGCUUCCGUACCCAAGGAGGUACUUCCUUCAUACAUAAAACUAGUUCGUGAUGCAGUAUCAACAUCCCGAGAUAAGGAGCGCAGAAAGAAGAAGGGUGGACCAAUUCUCAUACCUGGAUUUUGUCUUCCUAAAGCACUUCAGCCUAUAUUGCCAAUUUUUCUCCAAGGUCUCAUAAGCGGUUCUGCUGAACUGAGGGAGCAAGCAGCAUUGGGUCUUGGUGAACUGAUAGAGGUUACCAGCGAACAAUCACUCAAAGACUUUGUCAUCCCAAUAACAGGGCCUCUUAUCCGCAUAAUAGGUGAUCGGUUCCCAUGGCAGGUGAAGAGUGCUAUUUUGUCUACUCUAACCAUCAUGAUAAGGAAGGGUGGCAUCUCCCUGAAGCCUUUUCUUCCUCAGUUGCAAACGACAUUUGUCAAAUGUCUACAGGACAGUACAAGAACUGUUCGUUCUAGUGCUGCCUUAGCACUUGGGAAACUUAGUGGCCUCAGUACCAGGGUUGAUCCUUUAGUUGGCGAUUUGUUAUCCAAUCUGCAGGGAUCAGAUGGUGGUGUUCGUGAAGCUAUUCUGAGUGCUUUGAAAGGUGUCUUGAAGCAUGCUGGUAAGAACGUGAGUUCUGCUGUCAGGAAUCGUGUUUACACUGUUCUGAAGGAUUUAAUACAUCAUGAUGAUGACAAAGUUCGAGCAUAUGCUGCAAACAUUUUGGGUGUCUUGACACAGUACCUUGAAGAUGUUCAGCUGACUGAGUUGGUUCAGGAACUUGCCAGUCUAGCUAAUUCGCCAAGCUGGGCUCCUCGACAUGGCUCUUUGCUCACAAUCUCUUCCUUGUUCCAACACAGUCCAUCUGCAAUUUGUUCAUCACCCUUGUUCCCAGCUAUUGUAGAUCGUCUUCGAGACUCAUUGAAGGAUGAGAAGUUCCCUCUCCGGGAAACUUCAACCAAGGCAUUGGGGAGGCUGCUUCUUUAUAAAGCACAGAUGGAUCCUUCUGACACACUAUUGUACAAAGAUGUUCUUUCAAUGCUUGCUUCGUCUACACAUGAUGACUCUAGUGAAGUUAGAAGAAGAGCCUUGUCUGCUAUAAAGGCUGUUGCCAAAGCGAAUCCUUCAGCCAUUUUGUCACACGGAUCCAUCAUUGGUCCUGCCCUAGCGGACAGUUUAAAGGAUGCAAAUACUCCUGUGAGACUCGCCGCCGAACGAUGCAUUCUACAUGCUUUUCAACUGACAAAGGGUCCAGAAAAUGUCCAAGCAGUACAGAAGUUUAUCACUGGCUUGGAUGCUAGACGAUUAUCAAAGCUUCCUGAAUAUAGUGAUGAUAGUGGAGACAGUGAUGAAGACACGUCAAGUUCCUGAGGUAGUUGGUGUUUCAUUAAAAGUGUGUUGUUCUUCUUUUAAGGAGCUGAUGCCAAAUUUUCAUUAUCACCAAAUUUUUGGUUCCACAAUGUUAGUCAGAGAUAUAGAAUAUAGAUAUAUACACAAUUGGAGGCUAGAUACCCAAUUUUUUUCCGCCUGGGUAUUCGAUUGUGUCUAUAAUUGUAAAUCAGAGUAUCUAUUUAUUGCUGAUCAAUUAUAUUUUUAUUUUUGCGAAUAUAUUGUGCUGGUUUUCUAAUGUCAUCAGCACUGGCUUUUUCAUACAAUAAUGUUCUCAUAACAGCAUUUAUUUUGCCAUAUCCGUUCAUUCUAUUUUCCU